AUGACAAUGAGCCCCACCACACGUCAGACUGCUGGUGAGCACAAGCAGAAUUCCGCCUGUGGCGAAGACCUUCAGGCAAAAACUGGGGGCAUCAUGUCGAAAUCUCGCGCAUCACAGGAAAACUGCUCUUCCUCGUGGUGCACAUCCACACCAUCAGAUGAAACGACUUCCACCCCGCCGCCAAAGCCAACCACCACGGGAAUCGACUGCGUGAUCAGCUUGGUCGCGACGGCCGUUGGGGGCGGGAUUCUCGCCGUGCCCUUUACGAUGUACGUUGCGGGCUUUUUCGGCGGGUGUUUUCUGUGCCUGGUGGUCACGAUUUUUUCAAAUUGGAGUUUAUUCUAUGGCGUGGAAACACUGGGGAGAAGGACGUAAAGUUGACCUUGGGUUUUCUUGGCAUGUGCAGUGUAGGGCAGAUCUAUGAAGAAGUUGAAGUGCUGCAUUGCUUUGUACAAAUGACACGAUAUAAAACGAGCAAGAGCAUGAUCCUGCGAGUAGGUGUAGGAGCAACACAAUUUUGUCCUCCAUCUUCCCUCCAUACUUCAAUUUUGUGUGAAGCCGCAAGCGUGAUGGAAAGAAACGCAGCGAGAACUUUUUCAAAUGCAAGUGGAAACGAAAAGAAGCAGUAUGAGAAACUACCGGUACCGCCAUCUUCCGAUCACAUUGGUUCUUCAUCUUCAUCACCACCUCCACCUGCGUCGUCCUUGCCCGCCGCCCCCUCCAUCGAGCAGUUGUGUGUCCAUUUCUUCCCAUCUACCCAAGGCCGUCUCCUCUCCCUCAUCGUCAAAACCGCUUUGGUUUGGCUCCUCCUCUGCGCCGCGUCCGCGUUGCUGAUCAUCUACGCGAGCAACAUCUGCCAGCUCUUCGGCUUUGGUGAGGAUUUUCAGGGGUGGUUGAUUCUGCUCAGUCUCGUUUGCGUGUUUCCCGCGACCUGCCAGAGUCGGUUGGACGCACUGAAGGUCUUUUCCGGGGUGGCGAACUUGGGGACGGGAUGUGUACUGUAGAUUCAUUACAGUCUUUUAUGUUAGAUCAUGUAAAACAAGCUCAUUUCUAAAGCUGUAUUGCGAAGACGAUGGGAAUAAAUAUACGAAGCACAGGAGUUGCAAAAGUGAAAAAAAUCUCCCGCCAGGUCUUCCUGUUCUUCGUGAUCCGCCUGUUGACUGGUUCGGUCGCGAAAGACGUAAGUCUCCUCCCCAUUCAGCCCACGCUCGGCGCUUUCUUCCAAGCCUUACCACCGGUUCUAACCGCGUUUUGCUGUCACUUCAACGUGUUGCAGAUUCGCAGCGAGCUGGUAACGGCGAAAGGUGGAACUACGGGGACAUCAAGGGGAAACCGAAGUUUGUCAUGCGGAGCGUCGAGUGCGUCAAGUGCAGCUGCAUCCUGGACGAUGGCAAAUGUGGUCAACUAUUCCAUGCUGACCGUCGGGACGCUGCACGCCUUGUUCGGAGUUCUGGGGUACGCGAUUUGCGGCCAGAACGGCAUGGAAACGGAUAUUCUGCUGUCGCAGCAACUGUUUCACUAUCAGAGCGCACAAAGAAACACCUUUACUUUCACCUGCUGAACUUGUCAUGCCACACAAGAUGGCGCAAGUGAAUGUCAGUGCAUGACACACAUGAUCAUCUUCAGACGAGCAAUGGCCUGUUGCAUGACAGGAUGAAAAACCAUAUACGAUUUUUUACUGUGUUUUCUUGUUUCCCCGCAAUACAGACUUCAAGGGCUCUGGUGCGGCUUCGAUCGGUGUCGGGUUUAACGCUUACAGCGCAACCGCCUUUCAGCAGAACACCGCAACGCUGGAUUCCAGGUCCGUUGAGAAAAAUGCGGAUCACCCGGAUCUAGCAGUGCAGUGGGGGAUUGCAGUAUGCAGAUGAAAAGGAUCAAAGGGGGGUGAUGUGCUGCCUUGAUGCCAAGCAGAAUCAUGUUAGGUUUUUUUAGUUGAUUGCAGGCUCGCUGCAUGCUAUGCUUGCAAUACUUUGGAAGAAGGGCAUCAGAAGAUGUCUUGGUAAAGAAUUCACAUACAGACCACACUUGACCUUUUCCUCACCAUAAAAGAGCUAUCUCCAGUACGGCAUAUCGAUCAGUAUCUUCUGCGUCGCCGUCAGUAAUCUGCUUCGCUACCCGCUGCUCGUGCUUCCAUUACGAGACGUCCUGGAGUCGCUGUUUUUUCGCAAGAGCGACCUGAGUACUCCGGAGACGGGCGAUGCUACCUCAGGUCCGUCACCGUCAGCGUCAUUACUUCAGCAGGAUGGGGCAGUGCAAGCUAAACCAAAACAGCAAACAAGCUACCUCAGUUUCACAUCUCCAGGACCCGACACUGCUAUCAUCGACUUCGAGAACAGAGGACAAGAAGCAAGUACAAGUAGGGCAAGAACGUUGCAAGUGCCCUUGCUGCUCUCUCCUGAUGAAACGAGGUCGAAGGAAGAUGGCGACAUCAGCAAAUCCAAUCGUGUUAACGACGGGAAUCUAGCGAACACCGACACAAUGAAGGCGUCGGAAAGUACUAGCUGGACAACUACCAGUGGGGCAUUAGCCGGGCGAGUAAAAACGGUAAACACAGCAGCCGCUCCUGCGUCAGGAUCGCCGCCAAGAUUUUUUCAAAUGCUUUUCGUGAACACAGUCGUGGGCCCUAUCUUUUUGAAAAAUAUCUUUCGAGUCAAAGAGCAGCAGUCUUCCUGCGAUCACGAUGGUGUGAUUGAUACACAAACAUCCUAGAUCAUGCAGUCUUGAUUUUUGAAGAAGCAGUGCUGCGCGCAUGAUGAGAAAGAACCUCUUUGCACGGAGCAAACAAAUAAGCUGUUGUCUUUACUCGAAAUUCCCUUCCCAUACUCCUCGCUGCGUGGCGGAUGCGGGAUUUCUCCGUUCCCCUCUCCAUCUUGGGCUUCACCGCCGUGCCGCUGGUCUGCUUUCUCGUCCCCGGCCUGAUCGGAAUGAAGCUGACUUGUGAGAAUUGAUAUCAAGUGGAAUCAGUGAGUUUUUGUAGCGCUUUUCCUGGACGUCGAUUUGCAUUUUGUUGUCGUGCAUAACAAGUAGCCUAUCCCCAUUUAUAGGAGACGUCUUGGUGGACCACGAAUCUACGAACUUCAAAGCGAAAAGAACUUCUUUCGACUGGAUAUCUCCGGCAACGAUUACGAGAUCCGUGGCGCGAUAUUGGUCGCGUUUGGUUUGGUCUCGGGAAUCGGAAUUUUUUUGACAACGCAAGGAGUUUUUACUCCGGUGGUGCAGGCGGGGAAGUGAGGAUGUUUGAGGGGAUUAGCCAUGAUGAUAGUCUUCGUGUAAAAAAAAGAAGAGAACGAAAACAAAGGUUUCUACGAUAUCAUCACUCUACUUUUCUCAUCUCUUUCCUGGGUUUACUCCCGCCACUACCAAUCCACAAACAGGCUGCUUUGCGUGAAGCAUAAAAAAAGAGUAUGAGGUCCCUCAAUUUCAUUUUGCAUAGAAUCAAUCAUAAUGAAAACGACGUUAUCUAUCAUGACCUUGACCAUCAACAUAAGUACCUUUACGCAUGACCAUGAUGACCGAUACCAAAAGAGCGAACUGAUUGUAGACAAGACAAGGUUGCCGGUGCCAACAGCACCUGGGAGUACUCCGUGAUAGUCCUCUGGAAAAAUUUUAGAUUUUUUUUGCUAAUCUCAUCGACUUUGAAUGAAGACUACUCUCAGCCGAAGAAGUGACUCGUACAUAGGCACAGAUAGCUCUUCAUUUGAGGAUGCUUCUGCUAUCUGGUUUUUGUCUUUACCACAGACAAACAACAAGUUGUUGGAGCGUUCGCUACUUCGAGUCGUCGUCGUAGGUAAGGACCAUCGG